AGUUUCUUUCUGCUUCUCAAUCUUCUGCCAGAAGCGCCUCUGAACUUCGCUGCACACGCGACACUUUUAUUACGGGUUUGGAUUGAGAGACGCGCGUGCCAUCAGAGAGCUGGAAAGCAUCUGCAAUCAAGGAAUAUAAGAGUUUCAGAGGGACACUGCAUCAUACCGGUAAUGUACAGUUUGGCUUUACGUUGUGGUUUCGCUGGUUGUACAGGUGAACGAUGCUGUCCUUGCUUUUGCUGAGUAUGUGUUUCUGGGUCUUCUCGGCCACAGCAUCUUUCAAUCAUGUUUACACUGAGCCUGAAAGCACACUGAGCGUCAGCAUACCCAAUGAGCUUCCUCUCCGGCCUCUGAUGGGUGACACAUUAGUUCUGCCCUGCUACUUCCAGGACAACACAGUCAAUGACCCUGGUGCCCCCACCAUUGGCCCUUUGUCUCACCGGAUCAAAUGGAGUCUGGUCACCAAAGAAAAGACCACAAACAUCUUAGUGGCAUCUGAAGGAGUAGUAAGCAUCGACAAAGGGUAUCUUGAUCGGAUCACCAUGGUUGGAUACCCCAUGACACCCACAGACGCCUCCAUUAAGAUCACUGAGCUCCAUUCCAAUGACUCUGGAGUGUACCGCUGCGAGGUCAUGAAUGGGAUAGAGGACGAUUAUGAUAUUGUUGACGUUCAAGUUCAAGGUAUUGUUUUCCACUAUCGUGCCAUCACCACACGAUAUACCCUUACCUUUGAGAAGGCCAAGGCAGCCUGUAUUCAAAACAGUGCAGUGAUUGCUACUCCAGAGCAACUCCAAGCAGCUUAUGAUGAGGGUUUACACCAGUGUGAUGCUGGCUGGCUUGCAGAUCAAACCGUCAGGUACCCUAUUCAUGAUCCUCGUGAGGCUUGUUAUGGAGACAAGUAUGAAUUUCCAGGAGUGAGGACAUAUGGAGUAAGAGACGUGAAUGAGACGUAUGACGUGUACUGCUUUGCUGAGAAAAUGACAGGAAAAGUGUUCCACACUACUUCCCCUAACAAAUUCACUUUUGAGGAGGCAGAACCUGACUGUGCAAAGCUGGGUGCCAAGUUGGCCACCACAGGACAGCUGUACCUGGCAUGGAAGGGUGGUAUGGAUAUUUGUAAUGCAGGCUGGCUGGCAGACCGGAGCGUUCGCUACCCCAUCAACAUCGCCCGACCGCAGUGUGGAGGUGGCCUGCUGGGAGUGCGCACCGUCUAUCGGUUUCCCAAUCAGACAGGCUACCCUCUCUUAGACUCCCGCUAUGAUGCAUUUUGCUACUCUGAAACGGGAGAGGAAGGUUCAGGCCUAUUUCCAUUCGACAUAGAGACGACCACAGAAGCUGAAAGUGGUGUCCUGAGCGUGGACACAUUCACAGAAAGCCCCCAGGUCUUUUUAAAGCCCACCUCCACAGGAAGUGAAUCUCAGGGAAACGUUGUAACAUACAAGCCAUCAGUGACCACAAGUGUCGAGUUCCCAUAUACUGCACUAAAUAAUUCCCAGCUGCCCCUUUCACCACCCCCCAGCUCUGUGGACACUGUGGAAGGGGUCACUGAUAGGUCUGAUCUUUCCUCUGAUUUGAAUGAAACCGAAACUAUCAUGUCUGCCACAGGGGUGGUCUUCCAUUAUCGUGCAAGCUCCGGUCGUUAUGCUUUUGACUUUGUCGAGGCUCAACUGGCAUGUCAGAGCAUCGGUGCAGUCAUUGCCAGUGCCCAGCAACUGCAGGCAGCCUUUGAGUCUGGUUACCAUCAAUGUGACGCUGGCUGGCUGUUAGAUCAGACUGUCAGGUAUCCCAUUGUGUCUCCACGUGAGAAAUGCUCUGGUGAUUUGGAGCAUGUUCCUGGUGUGAGGUCUUAUGGACUGCGUUCUGCUGAUGAACGCUAUGAUGUGUACUGCUAUGUGGACAAAUUACGGGGGGAAGUUUUCCAAGCUAGUUCAUUCGAGGGAUUCACUUAUGGUGAGGCAGUGGCUUACUGCCAGGGAAGGAAUGCCUCCCUGGCCUCCACAGGAGACCUGUAUGCCGCUUGGAAGCAGGGCUUUGAUAAGUGCCGUGCUGGCUGGCUUCUUGACCGCAGUGUACGUUACUCCAUCAAUAACCCUCGGCAGCAGUGUGGUGGAGGGAAGGCUGGAGUUCACACAGUUUACAAGUUUCCUAACCAAACUGGCUCUCCUGACAUGCACUCCAAAUUUGAUGCAUACUGCAUCAAGGUGGAUCUGGAUCUGUCUCUGAAUGAAAGUGAAACAAAUAUGACGGUGACAGAGGAAAAGAUAGUGAGCGUGACAUUCCUCCCUGCUCUUCUCAAACCUGAAGGAGCUACUCCUAUUGCUAUCGCUGCGGAACCCUCUGGAUCUGGCGCAUCUGGGGCCAGUGGCACUGAUGAUCAGUUGAGCAGUGGGAGCGGGGAUCAGCCAAGUGGGUCACCUGCUUCAAGUGGAGACUCUUCUGGGGCUAGCGGCACCGAUGAUCUGUUAAGCAGUGGAAGCGGGGAUCAGCCGAGUGGGUCACCUGUUUCAAGUGGGGACUCUUCUGGGGCCAGUGGCACUGACAGUCUGUCGGGCAGUGGGCGGGACCAACUGAGUGGAUCAUUUGUGUCAAGCGGAGACUCUUCUGGGGCCAGUGGCACUGACAGUCUGUCGGGCAGUGGAAGUGGGGAUCAGCCGAGUGGGUCAUUUGGGUCAAGUGGAGACUCUUCUGGGGCCAGUGGCACUGACAGUCUGUCGGGCAGUGGAAGCGGGGACCAACUGAGUGGAUCAUUUGUGUCAAGCGGAGACUCUUCUGGGGCCAGUGGCACUGACAGUCUGUCGGGCAGUGGAAGUGGGGAUCAGCCGAGUGGGUCAUUUGGGUCAAGUGGAGACUCCUCUGGGGGCAGUUGGAGUGGGGAUCUGCCAAGCGGGUCUGGAGGUUCUUCAGGAACUGGCAGUGGCUUAGAUAUCCUAGUGACCUUUUCAGGAAGUGACUCCGUUUUUUCAGGAGUUGGAUCAGCUUCAGGAAGACCCGAAGAGGCUGGGAAGGCAGGCACAGAGAUCUUCACCUUUCCCUUUGGCCAGGGCUCAGGUCUCUUCGGACUGGACACCUCUGGAUCAGGAUCAGGAAGUGGGUCAGGGUAUAGCUCUGAAGAGAGUGGAUCUACCUCAGACUUUUCCAGCAGCUCAGUAGAAAGCGACGAGAGUGGAGACCUUUCUGGCAUCUCCUCAGGAUCAGGUUCUGCUGAGGAGUCCUCAGGAUUCAGCGGUUUCCCAUCAGGAAUUUUUCCCUCUGGAGGAUCCAGUGGCAUUUCAUUCAUCGAUGGCAGUGGUGACAUCAUGGUGGAUAGCCCAUGGGUGAAGGUGUCCACUGCUCCACAUUUAACAGUACAAGAGCUGGGUGGAAGCCAUGUGGAUUUCAGCGGAUCAGGACAUAUCUCAGGGUCUGGGAUGAGCAUUGAUGUCUCUGGGAUGAGCGAUGAUAUCUCUGGGAUGAGUGGUGAUGUCUCUGGGAUGAGUGGUGAUGUCUCUGGGAUGAGUGGUGAUGUCUCUGGGAUGAGUGGUGAUGUCUCUGGGAUGAGUGGUGAUGUCUCUGGGAUGAGUGGUGAUAUCUCUGGGAUGAGUGGUGAUAUCUCUGAAGUUAGCGGUGUCCACAGUGGCUCCGGGAGUGGUUUAGAGUUUUCUGGUCUGACAUUUCUGGGGUCGGGCUUCAUUGAUCUCACAGAACAACCUCGUGAGCAGGAAGCUUCUGGACUUUUGCUGUUUGGGUCUGGUGACGGAAGUGGAUUUACAUCUGGAGGCUAUGCCAUUGAAUCAGGGGAAAGAUCAGGGGAAUCAGCUAGCGGUGAUAUAAUCUUCUUCACCAGUAAUGGCCUGGUGGAAAUGUCCAACAAGCCCUUCCAAGGCAUGGAGCUAGGAAGGGGAGAGGUGGAGUACAGUGGCACCCUCAGGUUGUCCUCAGGGAGUGGAGAAGACCAAAGUGCCUUUGCUAGUGGACAAGAACAUGAAUGGAUCCCAGUCACUGAAGUUACGCCAGCAGUGAACUCCAGUGAUGCUCCCUCAGAUGUACUAUCUGCUCAAGGGCCAUCUGGCCUGUACAGCGAUGCUGCAGAACCUCCAUUGACUCCAUUGUCAGAACCAGAGGGAAUCACAAGUAAACUUGACACUGUUACUUCAGCAGCUUUGUCUUCUACCACAGAACCUACUUCUUUACUGAGCCCUUCUGUCACGGAAGGGCUUGUUGUGAAUGCUUCUGUUAACCCAUGUGAACCAAACCCUUGUGGAGCUGGGGUGUGUUCGGUGAAGGAUGGGGUGGGCAUUUGUCACUGCCCACCUGGACUGCAUGGAGAAGAGUGCAAGUUUGAGGUUGAUGUUUGCCAUUCAAACCCUUGCGCCAAUGGAGCCACCUGUGUGGAGGUGGAGGACACUUUCAAAUGCUUAUGUCUGCCCAGCUACGAAGGAGACCGCUGUGAGAUUGAUGUGCACAGCUGUGAGGAGGGCUGGACUAAGUUUCAGGGCAACUGUUACUUGCAUUUCUCGGAGAGGAGGACCUGGCAGGAUGCUGAGCAGCGCUGUCGAGACUUAAACGCUCACCUGGUGAGCAUUAUCACUCCAGAGGAGCAGGCCUUCAUCAACUCAUACACGCAAGACUAUCAGUGGAUUGGACUGAACGAUAAAAUGGUGGAAAAUGACUUCCGCUGGUCAGAUGGGACUCCGCUGCAAUAUGAGAACUGGAGGCCUAACCAGCCUGACAAUUAUUUUAACUCUGGUGAAGACUGUGUUGUAAUGAUCUGGCAUGAAAAUGGUCAAUGGAAUGAUGUGCCCUGCAACUAUCACUUACCUUUCACAUGCAAAACAGGUCCAGUGACAUGUGACCAACCUCCUAAAGUGGAGAAUGCCAGGAUGUUUGGCAACAAGAAGGAUCGUUACCAGGUGAAUUCUAUAAUCAGAUACCAGUGCAGUGAAAACUUCACACAGCGCCACCUACCUGUGAUCCGCUGCAUGGCAGACGGGCAGUGGGAGAAGCCUCAAGUGCAAUGCAUAGCCAAGGUCAAAUCUGGACUGCAAAAAGAAUCUUCUGGUCAUCACUCUCAUAAAUCUAAUACAACAACAUUGGAAAAACAUCUCUAAGGAGAUCUGAAGAGCUUGAGAUUCAUUUUUAAAUCAGUACGAGUUUUAUAUUUAUUUUCCAAGACACUGAAUUAUGAAGCAUUUGUGAUUAAAAAGUGUUUUUUUCAAGAUAAGUGCCCAUCUAGUAUAUUGCUGCCCCCCUAUACAUUAGAUGUCAGUUAUUGGCCAUCAGCCAUGAUGGAGUGAUUCAUCUCAUCCCUGCAACAAAAGAUCAGAGACCAAAAGAUCAAAGACCAGCAGCAUUCUUAAAGAUGUCUGUAAAUAUUUGCAGGUUUUCCUUUUGGACCAGCUAGUGUUUUAUGUUAAAAGGUACUGAGUGAAGAGCUGGAUGUGCCCAGUUUUUCCUCCGUGAAGGACAGUGAAACGUUUUUGUCUUUCUCUGCUAGUAAGCCAAAUUUUAGGUACAUGCACAACAUAAAUGAUUGGAUGAAAUGUGAAGUAUUAUUUUCAUCUAGUUUGUGGAGAGGAGAUGCAAACCUAAAAAAAAGUCUAUAGCCAUAAAAGACGUUUACAACAAAAUCGUAUUUAUUUCUAAUACCUAACAAGACAGAUUAAAAAAACAACUUGCACAAGGAUGUCGUUAAUUUGUUAUGUCUGAGUUGGAAACUAAUGUGAAAUGAGAUCUAUUUAUUUCUCACAGCAUAAAACAUAGUACAUCCAUCUUUGACUGGGUGUGUCCAUCUUUUUCUUCAAAAAAGCCAUAUGUAAUUAAAGGAAUAGUUCAAAAAAAGAAUAUUUGCUUAAAAUUUACUCAACCUCAUGAUGCAGAUGAGUUUAUUUCUCCGUUAGAACAGAUUUGGACAAAUUUAGCAUUACAUCCUGGCUCACUGAUGGAUCCUCUGCAGUGAAUGGGUGCCAUCAGAAUGAGAGUCCAAAAACCUCACAAUAAUCCAAAGGUAUUCCACACAACUCCAGUCGAUCAAUUAUCAUCUUAAGGUUUUUAUCAGCUGUUUGAACUCUCAUUCUGACGGCACCCAUGCACGGCAGAGCAUCCAUUGGCGAGCAAGUGAUUAAAUGCUAAAUUUCACCAAAUCUGUUCCUAUAAAGAAACAGACACAUCUACAUCUUAGAUGACCUGAAAGCGAGCAAAUUUUCAUUUUUAAGUGAACUAUUCCUUUAAACAACAUCAGACAGAGAUGACCAAAUCCAGUUAGAUUAUGAAUGUAAACCCAACAAUGAAAAUGUACUUGUUUGUUAGAUGUUCUGAUCUGUUGCCCAAGACUGUGCAGGGCACAGUACUACAUGGGGACAAGAAUGACCCUGGAUCAGCUAACAGCUUUUAUUUUAUAUCAAUAGUUCAGAUAGAACUAUUAAUGACAAGUGCCUUGUGAAUAUUUUACAUUUUGCCUGUUUCUGUGAUGAGACUGCUUACUUAGUUCAAGAGGCUGUGCCUCUUUCAUCCCAAAGGCACUUUUAUACAGCAUAGCUUUAUUUUCAUCUGAUACAGCUUUAAAUGACGAAUGCAGCAUGAACUGCAGAAGAUGCACAAACAUUUCUUGAAAACUUUUUUUUUUCUCAUGAAUUGCAAGCGGUUUGAUACUCUGUGGCAUAGAAAACCUAUCAUUUAUUUAAUUGAGAUGGAUGAGUGACCAAAGUCAACAGUGAAAACGGGAAAAUAUUAGAUGAUACGGUCAUUGUGAUAAUCUGCUGUCUACUAGUAGGAGAAUUUCAAUUUAUCCAUGAAUGUCUUCAGAUGAACUUUGUUUUUGAAUACCUGUAUUACAGUAAAUGCAACAACGUACCAUUAAAACAUUCCA